AUGGUGCACUCGCUGAUAGUGCACGUUAGCAGAGUAUGCCGAAGCCACCUCAUCGGGACAGGAACAAUGUACAGCACAAAAGAGUCCGACAAGAUCCCGACCCUGCCACCUAUCGUCUCCUUCCUCCUCAUAUGCAAAGUCAAGAUCCGUCCCAGAUCAGUUCCCCAAGAAGAAGUAAUUAAGGUCCAGCCGGCAAAGCCAUCGUGCCCCUUCCCGAUAUCAAUCCCCUUAGCUCAUAGGCGAACAAAGUCCGGGUUUGUGGUUAGAAAGAAGUGGGCGGAAGACAAGGCGAAAAAAAGGGGUAUCAAGCUUUCGACGGUGUGCCGCAAGCGGCAAAUAGGGGAGAUCUCGAGUAGAGAGGGCGAUGGGCUAAGAUUCAGUCGUAUGUGUGAGGAAUCAUCGAGGCCGUCCGAUCGCGCCCCGGCUGCCUGCUCUGGAGAACCGAAGGUGAAGGAGGUCAAGGAGGCGUGA